AUGCGCAAUUCAUUGCUUCCUGUUCGCUGCGGUUGGUCACAUAGCGAAGCCAGACCUCUUUCGCUACGUCCGUAUCAUUUCGUAUUUCUUCGCCGUUUCUCCAAUCGUUCGCCUGCAGAUGGACGGGCACAUCUUUUUCCUUCUUUCUUUGUCCCAAAACAAUUCCUUUCUCUUUGGUUUUGUCUUUUUUCACUAAAAGGCAACCUGCCUGCCUUUCUUCCUUCCUGCCUUCAUUCAUUCCUGCCUUCUUGUCUGUCUGCCUGCCUGCCUGCCUGUCUGCCUUCCUUCCUUCCUUCCUUCCUUCCUUCCUUCCUUCCUUCCUUCCUUCCUUCCUUCGGUCGUUCGUUCGUUCCUUCCUUCCUUCCCUCCUUCCUAUUUAAUUUCAAGACUUUCUUUCUUUUUCUUUUCUCUUUCUUUCUUUCUUUCUUUCUUUCUUUCUUUCUUUCUUUCUUUCUUUCUUUCUUUCUUUCACUAUUGUUUGUUUGUUUCUUUCAUUUCCCUCAUAUCAGAAGCCUUUCUUAUGCGAAUCUUUCUUUCUUUUGA